CAAAUCGGUGUCGAAGAGAAAAGACAGACCAGGAGUUCCCGAAAAGCGCUCAUUUCUGGCGAUAAUGGAAAUUAUGAAUUACCGAAAACGACAGAUAAUUGUCCGCAAAACUUAACGGAAGUGUCGGAUAAAGUUGUGGCCAAAAGGAAAUGGCGGCGAACGCAAGAUAUCAAUGACUUGAAGUGUAAAUAUUGCGGCAAAAUGUGGCGAUCGUUGUCUCAUUUGGAGAUUCAUUUGCGGUCUCAUACGGGAGAGAAGAUAUACGAGUGUCCGAAGUGUGGCCAACGGUUCGCCCAAUUGGCCGGACUUCAAGUGCAUUUGCGGCGACACAACAACGACCGCCGGUUCGGGUGUGAGGUCUGCGGGAAAGCGUUUUACACGCGAAUCGACUUAAGCCGACACAAGACGUCUCACAAGCAAUUCAAACAAAUCACUCAAUGCUGCGAAAUAUGCGGCAAAGGCUUUAACGACAAGCGAAAAGUGCGAAAUCAUAUCAGAUACGUUCACGAGAAGAAGGAGUCGGUUGUCUGCGAGAUAUGCGGUCACAAAACACACGGACAGCACUUACUGUAUGCCCACAAACGGGCCAAACACGAGAGAGCGACCGAA